UUCCUGUCCAUGUCCGACGUGCCGCGAGAUCCAGUGACUAAGCAAAUAAGAAAGAUUUGCCAAUUUCUAGCCAACUUACCAACUUUCGAGAUUGUGGAAACAGUUUUCAGUGAAAGAAGAAGGGGAUGCGGAGAGCUACGAAGGCAUUUGUAAACAUAUUUAGCAGAGAACAAUUGCAUAAACAGUAACUGCUAUUCAAAGCCCUGAAAAACGAUGAUCUGCUGCUGGGGUUCCGCUGAUUUGAGGGCUCUUAUUUUUAUUCCAAGCAAUUAGGUUUCGUUUUCAUCGGCGCUCUCGGCUGGUUACCAUGCCGAUCUGACGGGCAGCCAGUGGGUUUUAGUUGGGUUUCAGUUUGUAGUUUGUAGUUGAGUUUUUGUAGUUUGAUUAUUAGUUUUUGCUUGUUUUCGAGGCAUUUUCACUGCUCAGCGAGUUGUGAAGAGUGCAUCAACCGUAUGCUCGCUCAUACGUGCGUUAGAUAAUUGUUUUCUCAGAUGCAACGGAACGACAGCAGCAGAAUGCCUCGAAAUGCCUCUAAAUCGGGGGGUUGCUCAAAUCGAAACUCCAUCUUGUUUCCAUGGAUGCUGGCAGCCAGCUAACUUGGCCAUCAGUGCGAUUCGGAUUCGAUUGGGCCCAGUUGCCAAUCCGCCAAUUCGCGCCAGUUCGCGUUGAACAAGUUUGCGAGUCCUGCAGACGUUACAACUUAAAUCCCGGGGACAAUCAUCAAAUUAACUAUGGACUAUCCCAAGACUCUGAGUGCUCCCCAAGAUCUGGAUGACAUAAAUAGCGAUGGCAUGGAAAAUCUGGACCUCUUGGUGCAGGGAGCCUUCGACGACAACAUACAAUUAGGCCACAAUGGCCAUCUGUCCGUCGGAGGAGGAGGAGUCCACUCCCAUAUGGACUCACCGCACACACCUCCCAUGAACGGAUUGGACAGCUCUGGGCGCGUAGGCAGUACCCCCGUGGCGACGCAGGUACACAACCACGUGCAUACACAACUGCCGGAGAGUCCGCCGGACUCGCAGCCCGCCUAUAGUCCGCUGGGCGAGGCUCAUGGCAUGGCGAUGCCAGGGCGAGACCUCAUCUAUCCAGGUCUUCCGCCCAUGCCACCCAUGCAGCACCAAAACAACAUGCUCCAAACGGAUGUGAGCCAAUAUGCCUCCCCUCCGCAACAGCAACAUCACUUUACGGCUCCGCAGGCCGACGUACGGAUAAAACACGAAUCUGGACUCAUCAUAAAUCCGGGCAACUUGCUGUGUCAGCAGCAACAACAGCAGAUGCAACAUCAUCAGUUAAACGAACAACAGUUUGCCUCCCAUCAGCAGCACCAGGAUGGGAUCCUCCAGGACCCGAUGCUCUAUUAUGACAAUGGAGCCGGUGCGGGGAUGUAUGCGUCCGGCAGCUAUCAGAACCUGUCCACCUGCACGUUGACCUCCGCCUUGGGACUGGGAGAUAGAGUGCAUGUCAUCGGAACGAGCCAGUUGUCCCUGAACCGUGUAUCCGCUCCUUCGACUCCCGUGCAUUCGUUGUCGCGCAAGCGCAAGAUGUCCACGCAGCUGGAUUGUCCGGAGUUUCCGAAUUCUUCAAAAGUGGAUGCGGGCCUGCAAAUGAGUCCCCUACGCGCCUCCCACCACUCGCUGGCCACGCCCACCCCGGCACCCUCCCACUGCUCCGCCUCCGUGUCACCAGCCCUGUCAGCCGUAAAUUCCCAGGCGGAUAACAGCUUGGACGGUCAGCCUGGCGGUGUAGCCACGGGCGCCGGCUCAGGUUCGGGAUCUGGCAGCGAGGCUGGUGAUCCUGCGGGGGGCCAGUGCAUCCGGUUCAACGGAUUUCAGCCAGAGAACUGGCACAAGCUGUUCGACCAAAGCCUGCAGGAGCUGUCUGUGAUCUACUACCGCGUGGAUGCGGACAAGGGCUUCAACUUCAGCGUCUCGGACGACGCGUACGUGUGCCAGAAGAAGAACCACUUUCAGGUUACUUGCCAUGCGCGCCUUCAAGGCGAUGCCAAAUUCGUGAAGACACCGUCCGGCUUCGAGAAAAUCAAAUCCUUCCACUUGCAUUUCUACGGCGUUAAGUUCGAGGCGCCAAACCAGACGAUACGCGUAGAGCAGAGUCAGUCGGAUCGUUCCAAGAAAGCCUUCCAUCCCGUACCCAUCGAUCUCCAGAAGCACAUCGUCAGCAAGAUCACCGUGGGUCGCCUGCACUUCUCGGAGACGACGAACAACAACAUGCGCAAGAAGGGUCGUCCCAAUCCGGAGCAGCGUUUUUUCCAGCUGGUUGUGGGACUACAUGUGCACACCAUUUCCGGGAACUUUCCGGUGGUGAGUCAUGGCAGCGAGAAGAUCAUCGUGCGCGCUUCGAAUCCGGGUCAAUUUGAGUCCGAUGUUGACCUGUGCUGGCAACGGGGCCUUACUCCUGAGUCGGUGUUUCAUACAGGUCGCGUGGGCAUCAAUACGGACCGGCCGGAUGAGAGUCUGGUGGUCCAUGGCAACCUAAAGGUGUCUGGCCACAUCGUCCAGCCAAGCGACAGUCGUGCUAAGCAGGAGAUCGGCGAGCUGGACACAUCUGUCCAGCUACGCAACCUCCAGAAAAUUCGGAUAGUGCGCUACCGCUACAUGCCAGAGUUUGCUGUUCAUUCAGGUCUCCGGCGGGAGAGCGAUAUCCGGGAGAUCGAGGACACCGGCGUGAUUGCGCAGGAGGUGCGCGAAGUCAUUCCGGAUGCAGUUCAAGAGGCUGGCAGUGUGGUGCUGCCCAAUGGAAACGUCAUAGAGAACUUCCUGCUGGUUAACAAGGACCGGAUCUUGAUGGAGAACAUCGGAGCUGUCAAGGAGUUGUGCAAGGUGACCUGUUCGCUAGAAUCACGCAUCGAGCAUCUUGAACGUGCCAACGUUGGACAAAACAGUCAGCAACUGCGUGCCAAGGAUCUUCUAGAGCCACGAUGCAUCCUGCCAGAGAGAGGAGCCAUCAAAACCUUUAGCAGCCGACGAGACGGGUAUGAGGUCUGCUCCAGCCGCUCCUUGCAGAUCGUAAUUUUUCUACUAAUCAUCGUAAUGGCAGCCUGCCUGGCCGCGGUGUCCACAUUGUACUUUGUGGAGCACAACAAGCAGCAGCAGAUGGACGGCUACCAGGCUUUUGGCAACGGUCUCUUCCGUCCGGAGACGGGGUCAACCCACCUUAGCGACGAAGAGAGGCACUACUUCCACAACCUGCAUACAUUGUUUAAGAACAAGACACACGGUCCAUGGCCCAGUCGGAUGUAUGCCACCAGCACCGCCCGUCCGCCUGGAUCCCGACCAGCUGAAGAGGAGGCGGAGGACCUGGCAGCGGUGUUGACCAAGCCACAGGUGGUCAUUAGCCAGCAGCAGCAGCAGAGUCUCAAGCACGGAAUCAUCACGACGACGGCGCCACGUUUUAGCAACAAAACUAUUAACAGCAAGAAAGGCAAGUGGCCGCCUACCCAGGAGGUGCUGCGUCAGGCUGCGGGUCAAAAGUUACACCUUCCAUCGCCGGUUCAUGUAGUUCCUGCUGCUCCAAUAAAGGCCCUUCUUCCCGCUGUUAUUAACGAUACGGUGGCCUCCACGGAGAAACCACCUCAAUCCAUCCCCUUGCCUCAGGACUUUGAGAACAACUCCAUUGAUAUCGAUGCCCAGCAGAAGCAGUCGCAGAUAAAGCUGGACGAGCACAUCGUGGUAGUGGGCACCAUCGCCAGUCCAGCAUCCGAUGCCUACGAUUCCAAUUCUUCAGGUGCUGCUGCCCAUCCAAUUCGCAAAUUUAACUCUGGAACUGUUUAUACCCAUGUCUACAAGACGGUAUCACCACCAACGGCCAAUCUGGCGCUGACUACCAACAAGGUGAGCACAGAGUCUGCACAGAGUCCUCUUACCCAGGCUCUAGAUGUUCCGCCGCCGGCUCUUCCUUUGAGAAAUAGCAGCGAUAACCCAGAUGCCCUGGACCUGCAGAACUUGAGCAACACCAACGAAUCCGUUGACAACCCCAUCACGGGAGUGUACGGAUUUGAGUACUCGGCAUCGGGAUUGAGAGAGUCCAAUGUCGGUAGACGGUCAGCCAAUCAACGCAGUUUAGAUUGGAUCAGACAGAAGAACAUCAAGACGGCGGUCUUUGGACAGCCAGCGGAGUGCAAUGGGGACGAGUCGGUUAGCGAUAACUGUCAGUCCGUUUGCUUCGAGGAGCUGCCGCCAACUCAGCAGCAGCCGGAUAAUGUGGAUGCCAAUGUCAAGGAUCAGCACGUGGAGGACGAUCUGCAGUCGGCAGAGGAGCAGGAUCAGGAUCCAGACAUUAUAGACACUCAGCCUUCCGCGCCUGCUGUUAACGAAACCUCGGCUGCUCUUGAGACUCAGUCAGGAUACCUGGGCAAGAGCUCGCAUAGUACAGACGCCAUGGCCAAGAAGUUCUCCCAGGAGACGGAGUCUGUAAACGCAGCCAAGGACGACCCAGUCUAUCGCUUGGUCCAGGCUGCCUCUGCGCAGGACCAGGGGCCAAAGACGGAUGAGACUGUGUUGCCACCAUUCCAGCUAGACUGCUGGAGCGUUUCCAGUUGUGUGCUGGCCGCCCAGUACAAUAACACUAUCGAUGUGGAGCAGUUCUGUCCCACUUCUGGCAGCUCCCUUAAUGUCAGCUAUAUAGUCCCAGUAUCGCGUUAUCUGCAGGCCAGUAGCCUGGAGCUCCACUUGAGCUCCAAUAAGCCACUACAGUGGUCUAUCUGCAUAGAUGAUGAUCAGGCCAAGCCCAGUGCCAACACCCAGCUAAAUGAGGAUGACGAGGCCACGGCUGCCAGCGGAGUGAAAAUUCUCAAGCAGGAAGGGAAAAAUAAACUGAGUCUAGCCCUGGAUCUUCCCGCCCGUGGCUACUUUUUGCGGGACUUCAUGCUCCGCGCCAGCCAAGACUUGGAACAGCAAAAACUUUGCGACGACAACGCUCACCUGGCGAACCCCAUACUCCAGUACAACUUUAGAAUCGUAAGAGAUUGUGAUUAGUUUACAGCUUAAUUUAUGGCACGGAUUGAAUCUGAACUCCAAAAAUAUACGCAUUGCUAUGUGUGUGUACUGCAUGUAGGAAUAUUGCGGAAAUGUCCUGGCACCCAGCACGGAAAACUCGAUUAAAUUAGGAAAAUGCGAUAAACAAAACCUGUUGAUCAGCGAGGAAGUUGAAAAUGACUACAUUUAUACGUAAAGAAAACAAAUCAUUAAUAAAUGCAAAUCAAUUAUCGACCAUUUAAAUAAAAUAUGUAGAAAAAUCUUUUAAAAAUGUAUCUUAAUUUAUAUUAAAUGGGAAAAUGUGGACGAUAGUGUCUGGCAUAAUGGAUAUUAUAUAAUAAAUAAAAAACCCCUUUAAUUAAGCAAAUAUAAGUUAACAUGUCAAUCUAAAGACCACUGCAUCAUAAAUGACCA